AUGGCUGAACUCUUGCACAAAAUCUCCCCCACGGCAAGAAGAGUUAUCGUCGUCCAUGACUUUCUCAUGGCUUAUGUGGUUCAAGAGUACCAAAUGCUGAAACCUACACUUUCAACCCCGGUUGCACGUUCACUUACUUCUGAGAUCCUAAAUUUCAUAACCCUCCAAUCUGAUUUUCAGAAAUUUACAUCUGGAACUGGCAUGAACUCAUGCAGAACAAUCAAAGGCAAUGUCAAGAGAGCUAAAGCACUGCCACAAUGUUAUGAAGAAAAAGUGAAAGGAAUUGGACUACUGGUGAGAGAUUGGGCACCUCAAGUUGAAAUUUUAGCUCACCCAUCGACAGGCUGGUUCAUAAGUCACUGUAGAUGGAAUUCAUGCCUGGAGAGCAUCACCCCGGGAGUGCCGAUAGCGGCCUGGCCGAUGCACUCAGAUCAACCCAAGAAUGCAUUUCUGGUAACAGAGAUAUUGAAGGCUGGUUUGGUUGCUAAGCAAUGGGAGGCAAACCAGAAGGAGAUAGUGGCUUCAUCAGCCAUGGCAAGAGUUGUCAAAAGGUUAAUAGCAUCAAGAGAAGGGGAGGAGAUGAGGAAAAAGGCGGAGGAACUGGUUGGUGACGCCUGGCAGGCAAUGGACAAAGGUGGCAUUUCUCGCAUGGAAUUUGGAUUCAUUCAUUUUUCACAUAACUAG